CCGAUAGUGUCGGUUGUUAUGGUGGCGGCAGCGAGCGGUUACGGUUAAUGCGACAAAUUUCGCGAGAUCAAUUACUUCCAAAUAUGGAAGUCCCGAUGAACGGGGAGCGGUUAUACCAGCGAAUUUGUGUUGUAACAUAAGCUCUCUCUUUUCUGCGCUAUGAAGCUGAACAUUGCGAAUCCAGCCACUGGCUGUCAAAAGUUGAUUGAAAUCGACGAUGAGCGCCGCCUCCGCGGCUUUUACGACAAGCGUAUGGCUCAGGAAGUUGCUGGCGAUGCCCUCGGUGAUGAAUUCAAGGGCUACGUUUUCCGCAUUUCCGGUGGUAACGACAAGCAGGGUUUCCCCAUGAAGCAGGGUGUCCUUUUGCCCCACCGUGUCCGCUUGUUGUUGAGCAAGGGCCACUCGUGCUACCGCCCUCGCCGCACUGGCGAGCGCAAGCGCAAGUCUGUCCGUGGCUGUAUCGUUCAGUCCGACUUGGCUGUCAUGAACUUGGUUGUUAUCAAGCAGGGCGAGCAGGACAUUCCCGGCCUUACUGACACCACCGUUCCCAAGCGUCUCGGUCCCAAGCGUGCCAACAACAUUCGCAAAUUCUUCAACUUGACCAAGGAAGACGAUGUUCGUCAGUACGUCAUUCGUCGCACUAUCCAGCCUGCCAACCCCGACAAGAAGCCUUACACCAAGGCUCCCAAGAUCCAGCGCUUGGUCACCCCCGUCACUCUCCGUCGUCAACGCAAGAAGAAGUUGGAGAAGCGCAAGCGUCUUGAACGCAAGACCGAGGCUGAGGCUGAAUACAAGCAGCUUUUGGCUAAGCGUGUCAAGGAGGCCAAGGAUCGCAAGAUCGAGAGACGCCGCACCUCCUCGAUGCAGAAGUCUUCGUCUGCUUAAUUUUUUUUUCUUUUUGAAAAGCCCAACGUUUUAAAAAAGAUAAUUAAAUAAAAAAAGGACAGCAAAAAAAAAGGAACAUGGAACGCGUUCGCUUUUUUGUUUUUUGAAUACGAUAAA